AGCGGCUGUCCCCGCGUUUCAAGGCAGAGACACAGGCACAGAGCGGGAGGCGCCGUCGGAGGGAGGGGGUCCUCGGGCAGGCCCCGACCACGCCCACCGUGCCCGGGUCUGGCCUCUGGGGUGGGGCCCCUGGCGGGGACUAUAAAGUCCCCGAGAAGCAAGCGCAGCCAGCUUUGGGCUUUGGUUUCUAUUUGGGGACACUUCCUCCGAGGCGAGGAAGGAGUGACGAGUGAGGAGCCCGCGGUCCGGGGGGGCCCCCCCAGGCCGGCUGCCGCCUGCCACUCGCGCACUUUCUCUGCGUCCCGGGGAACAACCGGCGCGCAGGCUGGGACGCACGCGGACCUUCUCCGCGUCCCAGGGAACAUCGCGAGCACAGGCUGCACGAGGGACACCAGGCAGGCGGCGGGUCUGCGACGGCAGUGCGCGCCCUCGGGGACGCGGGAGCCGAGCGCCAUGGCCUUCCUGUGGCUGGCCUUGUGUCUGACGCCCGCGUGCUGUCUGCUGCACAGGGACGAAGAUCGCGAGCCGCCGAUUAAGAACCUGCGAAUGCAGCCGGAGACGAGAAGGUUGACCUGGGACCUCAGCGGAAACGUGUCUGAGAUCCUCUGUUUCAUCAACUCGAGGCUGAUCACGAAGGCCAUCGACAACCGUUAUUGCCAGUUCCGCGUACUUCCCUCGUGUCAGGUGACGAAUUUCACGGUCGCCUCCACCGGGGACCCGCCGUUCUCCGCGGGGAUCCUGUACCCCACGCCAGAGAGAUUAAGUCUGCCCAACAUCACUGGAAUGUGUAAUAAAUCCUAUUCAAUCAUGGAGUGGAAUAUGUCAAGCCACUUUAAUCACAGAUUUACAUACGAACUUGAAAUACAAAAGGGCUCAGAUCCCGCCUACACCGAGGAGGCGCCGGGCAGCUACUUCGUGCUUCCCAAUCCCGGAAACUACACGGUGAGGCUGAGGGCGCACGCGCGCUUCCGCAAAACCUGGACCGAGUGGAGCCCCGUCUGGCGCUUUGAGUGCGACCUCGGGAAGGAUACGCACUUCCGAGACUGGCUGACCUCCGCUCUGAUCCCGCUGGGCGCGCUGCUGGCCCUGGGGCUGGGGGUCGCGCUGUGCCGAAGGUACUCGCUGCUGCAGAAGCUCUUCCCCCGAUCCCGCACCUGAAGGACCCCAUCAGUGACAACCUGCACAGCGGCAAGUUGGUGGCCUGGGAGGCCAGCAGAGCAAGCCGGGAGGACUGCCAGGUGGCGCAGGUGCAGGUUCUGGGAGAAACGUGACGCUGGGGCGCAGACCUCGUCUUCGACACGGCAGGGCCUGGACGGCCUGCUUGGUGUUGGACCAGGGGACUGGGGGACCAGGGUACCGGGGCACGACCACCCGGCACAACUUCACGGAGCUGCCACCGCGAGGGAAGAAAGGCGGUGUGGGGGUCAUUUCCUAAAUAAAGCCCUUUUCCGGCCACCCCCUGGACUCCGCAGUGGGAUGUUGCCCCCGGUUGCUCCGGCCUCCGCCCGCACCCCUGCCCCCUCUCAGCGGCCGUGCCGCCUUCUCUGUAAGCCCUCCACACCCCAGGUAACCAGGAAGGACCCACAGGCUCCACGACCACCCCAGUCAAGGCACAGGGCAUCCGGGCACAAGGGGGUCACUAGCGUGUGGCCGGUGCGUGGGGGAGAUGUAGGCACGGAGGGAGAUGCGCGCAGGACGGCGUCAGGGGGACCCUGGGGAGCGCCACCCCCCCAACCCAUAGCCAAAGCACGGUUUCCCGAAUGCCCCGAGGCCACAGGCACAGGCGGCUGUUUGGCGACGUGUCAAUUAAACAUAAAAAGGCCUCGCGGCCAAGAGGGAGGGUUGAUCUCAGCCAGAGGGAAGACGCAGUUCUCGAACACGGAUCCAGACCGGAGCCCGCACCCAAGACCCAACUCCUCGCGGCCUGAGCACCACCGGUCAAGUAGGUCAGGAGCGCGAGGUCCCCAGGGAGGCCGCGCAGAUCCCGGCCUCUUUUUAACUUGCCUCGUGACCCAAAUUCCCUCGUGUCUAACGGGACCCGUAAUUGCGGCAGAAAAGAACGGUUUGCAUUCACCAGCGUCUUCAAAUUGAGGAGCCCGGGCUCCCACGGCCAGGACCCCACAGCCUGGGAGCGGUGCUUCACAUCGGGUCGGCCGGCGUACCCCGGGUGGCCCUCGUGACAGGCGGACGCAACGCCAGGACCCAACAGUCAGCCUGCAGGGCGUCUCUCUCCCACACUGACCGGUGCAUUCGGGCAACGGGUGCUCAGGACCUGCCCCCGAGGUCUGGUGCCCAGACAUGUGGAUCCCCACCACAUGCUAGCCAGGGCUAACGUGGGCCAUGGGACGCGGUUCCUGGAGGCCCUUUCUGGGCUGGGUUUUCUUAGCACAAGUUGCUACAGCACAGCACUUGAGGGGAGCGAGGGGGGGGACUUUGUUUUCAACCCCUCCCCCUGCCUGGGUUGCCUGAGGAACCCCCCCCUCCGGUACACUCAGCUGAAAACAAACCACCAGUCUCUCUCUCUGUCCCGUCUUUUAUGGUUUUGCAGAAUGCCCGACAUGAAACAUAAUUGCAAAUAUUCGGCUGUGCAAAAGAGAAUAGUGCUUAAGUACAAAUGGAGACAUGAUUCUUUUUUAAAUAAAUACUUAAA